GCAUUCAGUGUACAGCGCCAACGCCGUCGAAGAGGUAAACAAACGCACUCGCUCGCAGAUCUAACCUAUAAGAUAGAUAUAUAGCUCGAGAUUCAGGUCUUUGUUGGAAGCAGUAUAUUACAGAGAGUCGACGAGCAAAAAGUGUCGCCGCGAGGAAGGUAAUUUCAAGAGGAGCACAGCGAUUAAACCUAUCAACGCUAUCGGUAAGGAGAUAGCGAUCUCUCGUAUCGGGAGACUAUAUACGAGGUUAUAUCGAGGACUGUUGCGCUGCACCUCGUAUAUAUAGCUCCGAGAGAGGGAUAAAAAGGAGGACGCCGCGGGACCGUACCUUAAUUGCUCGAAAUACGCAAUGGACCGAAAGAAGAAAACACCACCGAGAGGAAAUACAGCUGACCGUGUCGGAAGAUUAGCCAAACCUACGAUUCAAAUGAGCGCACAAUCAUACACAACUCCCGUCAACACCGGUCAUCGAAAUCAUCCAGUACAAAAUAUAAUAACCGCUUCCGGAAACGCUAGUCAACAACUUGACUCUACCCCGGUAAACACUCGACAACAAAUGCCCAAAACUCCUGGCAUCGUCCGUCAGCCCGUCAAUCAAACACCUGGAAAUGCUCGUCAACAAAUCAACCAAACGCCUGGUAGCUCUAAUUCACAACAAAAUUACUCAACCCCUGGAAGUGCCAUUCAAGACUAUUCAACUCCGAGUCAACAGGACUACACUAUCCCCGGUAACUCUUGUGAUCAAAAUAAUUAUUCCCACGACGAGACUCACGAACAACAGCUUCACGGUUUGGUCAAUCCAUCGAACUCCCAAACCGCUAACGAAGCCUUACGUGGGGUAUCCUACAACAUCGAAAAAAUAAAAUCUAUGCUGCAUCUAGUCGAACUACGCAUAUAUCAAAUCAAAGGAGACAUCGACGGAAUGCGCAACCGCGUCGAGGAAGCCCUAUUACUAUUUCAGCAGCAAGAAGACCGUCUCAAUAUGGUACAGAAAUUGAAAGAGAUCAAGAGGCUCGAGGAUGAGCUUAACGAGCAUAAAGUAAUGAUGAAACUGGUGGAACGUCAGCUGCACGAGCACAUCGAGUAUCAAAAGCACCUCGAACUUUCCGAGUGCAACUACCAGAUGAAAAAACGCCAGUUCGAAGCGGAGCUGCAUAAGAAUCGCGAUGAUUUCCAGAAGCUACAGCGUUACCGGGACGAGUCUUACCAGCAGCAGCAACAGAAGAUCGAGCAGGAGAACGACACUGCUGCGGAAAUAGCGAAGACCAUGCCUGAGGUGAGCGAGAUCGAGAGGAUGGCCGAGAAGGCUAUUGCCGCAGAAGAAGCCACGGCCGCUGCUGAGGCUGAGGCAACGGUUGAAGAUACCCAGAACCAAAGGAAAGCAGAGGGGAUCCCAAAGGUCAGGUUUAGAGUAGAUGACAAUGAGAUGAACAAUUAAAACCGUUGCUACAUGGUAGACUUUCGCACUGUUAUUUCAGUACUGAUUACAAGUUAUGUCAUUUUGUUUCUUUUAUGCUGUUCCUAUCGUUAGUUUUACUUUUUCGUGUAUUUGAAUGGUAUAGUGCAAAAUUUAGUUUUUUAUUUUUCUACAUAGCUGUAAUUAGAUUUAACUAACUUUUUAUACUCGAUGACAUUUGAAAAACGUAUUAUAUCGUCUUACUAUUUACAAUAAGCUUGAAGUUAAUUUUUUUAUGUAAUCUAUGAAAACGUUUUUUGUGAACAAUAAAUAUUGGUUUCUCAUUAUUA